AUGCGGUUGCCAAGGCUUGCCCUCGCUCUGCUGCUGCCCGGAGCAUGGGCUCUCAGCCGUCGCGAUCAGUUCGGGCCGGUCAAGAACGUCACACUACAGGCGCCGAAGAAGUUCAUUGUUGAGGUAGCACCAGGCGUCGAUCUCGACGAACUAGCCGAUAGGAUUGAUACCGUGUCAACGGCCAAGGUGGUCAGGAAGUUCAAGAGCGAUAUCUUCACGGGACUGUCUCUCGAGUCCGACCGGGAGAACAUCGAUACCCUCGAAAGGUUCGCGCAAUUCGUCAAGGCUUGGCCUGCGGCUAGGAUCCAGCUUGACCCUCAUGUGCCCACUCAAUCAUUCAGCGAUGACGCAGCGGCAGCCAACUACUCAGUUCACAAGUACACCGGCGUAGAUAAGCUACACGAGGACGGCAUAUAUGGCAAGGGGGCGGUUGUAGCCGUGGUCGACACUGGCACGUGGUACAAACACCCUGCUCUUGGAGGUGGCUUCGGCCUGGGAUUCAAGGUCGCCGGUGGAUAUGACCUAGUCGGCGAUGCCGACUGGCCAAAUGGCAGCCCCAAGGCUCCCGACAAUGACCCGCAGGACAACCUCGGCCAUGGCACUCAUGUCGCCGGAAUCAUUGCGGGCAAGUCCGACUGGUACACCGGAGUCGCGCCCGAGGCGACGCUGCUGUCAUACAAGGUCUUCUCCACCGUUGACUCGACCGACGAAGACACGCUGAUUGACGCCUUCUUGAUGGCCUACGAUGCCGGCGCCGACAUCAUCACCUCUAGUAUUGGCGGACUGAGCGGUUUCCCCGAUGGCCCCUGGGCUUUGGUUGCGUCUCGAUUGGUGGACCAGGGCGUCAUCGUGACCAUCUCUGCUGGUAAUAACGGCGAAGAUGGAGUCUUCUUCGGGAGCAACGGAUCUUCGGGCAAGAACGUGCUGGCCGUCGCAUCUAUGGAUCCCGGUACAAUUGCGGCUCUGCCUUUUGAAGGAACCUUCUCCCUUAAUGGACAAGUGAACACCAGCUCCCUGGGAUAUUUCCCAGCCGGUAAUCCAUGGCGUGUGGAGGGCUUGCCCAUCAUUCCAAUAUCCAACAAUACUUCCAUCUUGGACGAAGCAUGCAACCCUCUGCCUGCUAACACACCUGAUCUUGCCAAUGCCAUCGCUCUCGUCCGCCGUGGUACCUGCAACUUCGCUGUCAAACAAGCCAACCUCGAGGCUUUCGGGGCAAAAUACGUCUUGGUCUACACCAAUGAGAACCCCAUCACCACUCCAUCUACCACGGACUUUGACUCUGAACUCGGCCUGAUUGAAGCCAAGGCAGGCGAGGCUAUUAUCGCUACCAUCGCGGCCGGCGGCAAUGUGACAGUGACAUUUUCCGAUGAAGGUGAUCGACUCGUCGGUGUGUUCAACUCGGCCGGCGGAAUCCCGAGCGAGUACACUAGCUGGGGCGGCACGUACGAUCUGGAGCUGAAGCCGGAUGUGGCGGCGCCGGGUCGCAAUAUCCUGAGCACGUACCUCGAGAAUUCCUAUGCAGUCCUCAGCGGCACGUCCAUGGCGUGCCCUUACGUCGCAGGUGUUGCUGCCCUGUACGUAGGCAAGUACGGUGGACGAUCAGUCCACGGCCCGGCGGCGGCUCGGAUGGUCGCAGAUCGCAUUCGGUCCAGCGGUGCCGCUAUCCCAUGGCAGGUCGAACAGCCCGCCGGUCUGCCAGUCGACUAUGGCUUCUGGGCUCCGGUACCGCAAGUAGGCACAGGCCUGAUCAGUGCUGUCAAGGUCCUCAACUACACGACGUCGUUGCGAUUCGAGCCUUUCGCGCUCAACGACACUGCUCACUUCAGCCGGUACCACAAGGUAGACAUCACUAACGGCGGCACGAAGCCUGUGACUUACACGUUCUCGCUGCAACCUGCUGGUGGUCUUGACACACAGUCUGUAAUUCCUUCCUAUCUGGUGUACUUCUUGGAGAUGAAGCCGAGGGCCAUCGUGCCCAAGGUCAGCUUCCCGUCGGGUACGUUUACUGUCGAGCCCGGCGAGACGAGGACAGCACAGUUCAACUUCGCACAGCCGGAGGGCCUUGACCCAAAGACGUUGCCUCUGUACAGUGGUAAGGUUCUGAUUUCAGGCAGCAACGGAGAGGAGUUCUCGGUGCCGUACAUGGGAUUGGGAUUCUCUCUCAAGGACGAGAUGCGGCGGGCCAUGUUCUCGGACUCGUCACCCCGUCAGAUGGGCGGACCGAACAGGGACGACAUCGACAUAUUCCACUCAUAUGACUUCAACUUGUCGUGGCUUAUCCAGGACUUUCCCAAGGUGCAGGUCGAGCUCAAAUGGGGUGCGCGAGAGUUGCGUUGGGACUUUUACGAGGCUGGCUGGAAAGAGUCGCACUGGCAGUACCCGCCCGUCGUCGGGGAGAACGGCUACAUCGGUUCGGCGGCGUACUGGGAGAGUUCAGGCUCGUAUUGGGCGUUUGAUCCGACAACGAUGGACAAGGAGAAGACUCUGCCUUUCCCAGUUGUCAACACCCCUCGAACGUCGGUGUGGAGUUUCGGCGAGUACAGCUUCUGGUGGUUCGGCAAGUUAGCGAAUGGCAGCUACAUUUCCCCCGGAAAUUACACGUAG